GUCCAUGUUAGAAAAUGAAGAGGUGAUAUUACGCGGCGCUUGGCCAAGACUCCACAGCAUCAAAACCGAACGACGGUGGUCUCCCCCGUUUCCACGCAGAACUCAGACGGCCACGUCUGCUUGUUUUCCUAAGCAGCGCCGCCGCCGCCAUUUCCAACACCGGAAAACGCCAUACGUAAAAUACUCGGUUUGUAAUGUCUGCGAAAUUGGAGGGUGUUGAUUUGAAUUCAGAAGGCGUUUCAGUUGAAGCGAAUAAUGUGAGUACUGAUCAAUUAGGAAACAAAACCCCAGCGGAGAAUCUCUGUGAUCAGGCCCCCUCGUGUGGGGCUUCAGGGGAAGGAUCUAGGGUUGUUGGAAAUACUGAAACCUCAGACAUAGAACUUGAUCUAAAAGUGGAUAACAAAGAGAGCCAAACUGAUUGUGUUCGGAUUGCUGGCAGUUCAUGUGUUGAAGAGAGUUGUAGUAAAGCUUCAGUUGAUUUGGGUGUUGAUGAUGAUGUGGAACAUGUUCAUAGAAGAGGGGAAGAGGGAAUUAUGGAUUCUGCCACAGAUAGGACAGGGAUUUGCCAUGAUAUGGAUUUAGAUACACAGAAAAACUCCGUGGAUGAAGUGGUUUCCAUAAAUGGGAGUGGGAAUAAAGGAACUGAGAGUAGAGAUUAUUUAGAUGACGAAAAUGCAACUGUAGCAGUUAACUGUGAGAGUGAUGCUGCCACUUAUAUUGAAGAGGCUGGUUUAAAUGGGGACCCACAAAUGGUAAGUGAAGGGAAGUUGAUGGACAUGAAGCCCGAAGAUGCUGAUGGAAAAGAUGUUAAGUAUGCUGCUUCGAAUAUAGAAGGAUGCGUGCAGGGAUCUAUAUCAGAGGAAGAAGGAGAGUAUAGUGUGAAUGAUCUUGUAUGGGGCAAGGUGAGUGGUCAUCCUUGGUGGCCAGGGCAGAUAUUUGAAUCUUCUGCUGCAUCACGGAAAGCAAUGAAGUAUUUUAAGAAAGAUAGCCAUCUAAUAGCCUACUUUGGGGAUCAUACAUUUGCAUGGAAUGAUGUGUCUCGACUAAAACCUUUUAGGAUGCACUUCAAUCAAAUGGAGAAACAGUGCAAUACAGAAGCCUUCUGUCAUGCCUUAGAUUGUGUAUUGGAUGAGGUCUCUAGAAGAGUUGAAUUUGGUUUGUCUUGCAGAUGCGUGCCAAAGGGGGUGCGAGUUAAAUUUAAAACCCAGAAUGUGGUCAACCGUGGCAUUCGAAAGGAAUCAUGUCAAAGAGAUGGUGGUGACAACUUGUCAACGGCAUCCUCUUUUAGCCCUGCUGUACUUUUUCAACAUUUGAAGUCCUUAGCAACCUCCCAGCGUGAUGGUGUUGAUAGAUUGGGGUUUGUUGUGACAAGAGCUCAGUUGCUGGCUUUCAAUCGUUGGAACGGUUAUGAUAAGCUAUCUGCACUGGGAGAAUGUGAUGGGUUGUUGGAGAAUGAUGCUGACAUACAUGUGUCGCAAGGUAGGGAAGAAGAAGUUCCAGGUUGGUCUGAGGAUGAUAGAGUUCCUUCUGGAAGUGAUAAGGAAACUGCCACAAAGAGUACUUCAGUGAAGCGUAGACUGUACCCUGAGGAUAAUGAGGAUAUGGCAAAGAAGGUAAAAUUGAUAUCUGGUAGUGGCAAGAACAGUAAGAAAAAAACUGAUAGGAAAGUAAACAUUCUGUCUUCUGAUAAUAAGCACAAAGCAAGCAAUCUGGUAUCGAGUGACAAAAAAAUGAAGAGAAUAAAAACAUCUAAGCCACCUGAAACUGGUAAUAACCAGUCUAUACAGUCUAAGAAGCUUCUUGGGAUAGGAGAGCGUAUACAGAGGGCUGCAAUUCAACUUGGUGGAUCAACUCCAGUUCUCAAGUCUCUGGCAGAGUUCCCUCCUGUUGAGGAGAUGCUCUUAAAGCUCUCUUUGGCUGCCAAAGAUCCCAUGAAUGGGUAUAGCAUGCUGGUUCCAUUUAGUAGAUUUUUCUGUGAUUUCAGGAAUUCAACUUUGGAAAAUGCCGAGUUACAUGAUCCUGGAGAGCAAGCAUUAUCAGAAGACCCUGAGGACGAGAAGAAUACUUCCAUUGGUGAAUUGGACGCAGUUGUUGCUACCAACCCAACCACAGAGAAACAAGAAAAAGACAGCAUGGUUAUGCAGUCAGAAUCUGAAGAUCCAUCUGGCCAUGUGGAUGUGAAAGAAAAAGGCAGUGAGGUUAUUGAUUCAGUAUCCAAUGAUCCAUCUGGUCAUGUGGAUGUGAAAGAAAAAGGCAGUGGGGAUGUAGAGCCAGAAUCUGAUGAUCCAUCUGGUCAAUUAGAUGUGAAAGAAAAAGGCGGUGUGGAUAUGGAGUCAGAAUCUGAUGAUCCGUCUGGUCUUGUGGAUGGAAAAGCCGAGGAAUCCACUCCAACCGCACUGAUUCUUAACUUUCAAGAUCCGGAAUCUGUUCCUUUGGGAGCAGAUCUCAACAAGAUAUUCAGUCGCUAUGGCCCUCUCGACGAGUCCAAGACUGAAGGCCUGGGCAAGACCAAGUGUGCAAAAGUCGUCUUCAAGAGGAGCUCUGAUGCUGAGAAGGCUUUCAGCAGUCCUGGCAAAUACAGCACUUUUGGCCCUUCACUUAUUAGCUACCGCCUCUCCCGUGUUUGAAAGAAGGUACGCGAAGUGAUCCAAGAUCUGCAGCAGUCAAUGGCAUUUCAAGGGGACUGAGACAUGUUAAUAGUUCUCUGUGCUUAGUUACUUUUGUAGCAUAGUAGCAUAUUCAUAGUCAAACAGUUAGAUGCUGUUCACCUUGCCAUUACAUGCACAUUGAUGAGGUUUAGCUACUGACAAAUUGGUUCACUUGUUGCUAUAGAAAGCUUCCCACUAGAAUAAUACAGCUGACCAUCAUUAUGACUGUUA